ACACAGUAUGCCAAACUGCUUGUUUGUGUUCUGUCUGUUUAAUCAAGGCUGACUUGGGACUGUAUAGCACCAACAAAAAGUUAUUGUAAACAAGUAGUUACAUGGUGAGAUUAAUAGAUUGAUAAUGUGUUCCCGCUAAACUGCACGCGUGGGAACAAGAUGACUCUACAGUGAACUUAAUAUGUAUGCACUUGAAAUUAAAGUGACCUCGAUUAUAGAAAUAGAUUUGCAUGCACCUUUGUUGUUAAAUUACUAACCUACUUAUAUUCGGUUGACUUCGAGCAUAAUACUUUGAUGUUACCUGCACAAACCUGUAUAUAGGUAGUAAACCACACUCGUCCUAAAGAAGACUGGGCUCUUAACGAAAAUAUAGAUACAUUAUUGCAACAAUAACCUAGGAUUAUGGAUGUUUCAGCAUCGUAUUUUGUAGAAGCUAUUAAUAUACAAAGUCUUCUGAUUGGAGUAGUUACUUUAUUGCUAGCACGAUGGCUUAUAACUAGAUCGAAAUAUAAUUACAAUUUACCCCCGGGUCCAUUAGCUUUUCCAAUUAUAGGAAAUAUACCUCAGAUGGCUACAACCACAGACAUUAAUUUAAAGAUGAAAGAUCUUCGAAAACAAUAUGGAGAUAUUUUCAGACUCAAAUUUGGUUCUGAAACCAUGGUGGUUGUAUGCAAAACGGAAUGGAUUUUAGAAGGAUUGGUAAAGAAAGGAGAGGAAUUGAAAGCAAGACCCUACUGGAUGUACGUACCACAGAGAUUAGCCAAAAAUAAAGGAAUAUUCUUUAAUACAGGAAAAGAAUGGAAGGACUUGAAAAAGUUUACUAUUUCAACACUGCGGGAUUUAGGAAUGGGCAAGAAAAAGCUAGAAGAGCAUAUAUAUUUGGAAACCCAGAACUUAGCCGAUGUUUUUCAAUCUCAGAAUUGUAAACCGUUUUCUCUCAAAGACCCGCUGGCACAUUUCUCUUUGAGUAUUGUAUAUUAUAUGAUAUUUGGUGAAAGGAUCAGGUUUGGUGAGCCAGAGUUUCAGGAAGUAGUUGAUGACUUGAGAUUUUUCUUCAACAAGCUAAAUGCAUUUAUGCCAGAGAAUUUCUUUCCAUUCCUGAGAUUUGUCCUAUGGAAUUCUCCCGUAAAACAAAUUGUCAAGACGAACCACAAGAUCCGAAGCUAUGUAAAAGAGAAAAUCAGCGAACAUAAGGAAACAUACAAUGGUGACGAUAUAAGAGAUUUCGUUGACGUAUACUUACUCACAUUAGAGAAGGAACCAAACAGCGAAUCUUUAUCUGAAGAGAAUGUUUUCCAGGCGAUUAUGGAUCUUUUUACGGCUGGAACAGACACAACAUCUAGCGUUCUUAACUGGGUUUUUAUAUAUAUGGCCAAAUAUCCUGAUAUACAGGACAAAUGUCGAGCAGAAAUCGAGAAGAUCACCGAUCUGAAUAGACCAGUCACAAUGGAAGACAAACGAAACAUGACAUACGUUGCAGCGACUCUACUUGAAGUCCAGAGAAUGGCUCCUGUUGCUCCACUCACUGCUCCACAUGCCUCUACGGUAGACACAAAACUAGGAGGUUAUGAUAUUCCAAAACAUACCAUUGUUCAAUUCAAUAUAAUGGAUGCUCAUUAUGAUCCGAACUAUUGGGAUAAACCAGAGGAAUUCCGACCUGAAAGAUGGAUUGAUGAAAAUAAUGAGUUAAAGAAAAAUGAGGCUUACAUGCCUUUCUCUUUGGGUCCCAGAAUAUGUGCAGGAAUAUCACUAGCCAAUAUUGAAACUUUCAUGGCUUUUUCAAAUAUCUUACAAAGAUUUAAGCUGGAAAGUCCUGACGAAACACCAAUGACAAUGGAAGGCAAACAAUCGGGAAUUAUUUACGUUCCAGUGAAUGAUAAUAUCCGUGCAAUUCCACUGUGAGAUAUAUUUGUAUUAUAUAUUUGAGGACAACACUUCACAGUACACUGGCUGUACAGUUGAAAGUAUAUCACUUUGAUGUACAAAGGUAUCAAAUUCUUAUAGAAUGCUGUUAUUUUUUAAAUGGUAUUUAACGAAAUUACAUAAAUUUCUAUUCAUUAGUGGUAUUACAUUGACCUACAUGCUACAAUACAUAACAUGUGUGCAGUAGUAUCUACUCAUAAACUUCAUAAAAUUACAAGUCAUGUGAUAGUUG